AUGUUGGAAUUCAACACGCCAGCAACAACGGCAGCUAGUUCCAUGUUAUCCAUGCUCAACAUCAACAUGGAGGCCUCCAGGCAGAACUUUCUGUUGGGUAAUCCUCCUCUGGCGGCAUUGCAUUCAAUGGCGGACAUGAAGCCCAAUGGGGUGAACCCUUAUCCCAGCAGUCAAACUCUGAAACCGUCACCUCUGACGCCGACCAGUUCCUCUGCGACGCCCCAUGGCAUUAAUGACAUAUUGGGGCGGCCGGUUCCCACUUCUGCCCCCACCUUAGGGACUCUGAGCGCCUUGCCCCGUCUCAGUCUAGGCAUGAGCGCUGGAAUGUACUUUGGUGGUCCUAAAUUGGGUCUGGGAGACUUGCCCGGAAGGCCCCACAUUUAUUGGCCUAAUGUCCUGCAGAGUCAAGCUCUUUGGAGGGAUCGAUUUGCAUCGGCAGCUGCUGUACAGAACGCAGUGGACAAAGAUGGCAAAAAGAAACACACGAGGCCGACGUUCUCUGGGCACCAAAUAUACGUUUUAGAGAAAACUUUCGAACAGACGAAAUACCUAGCUGGACCCGAAAGAGCGAAGCUUGCCUAUGCAUUAGGAAUGUCUGAAAGUCAAGUCAAGGUGUGGUUCCAGAACAGACGCACGAAGUGGCGGAAAAAGCACGCCGCCGAAAUGGCGACAGCAAAGAAGAAACAUGACUCUGAGGCAGAACAGUUACGACAAGACGACUGUUCAGACCACGACGACCUCGACUGUCGUGACAGUAAACGCCUGAAGAGAGAAAACGAACUAUCUCAUCAUCGGCAGCAAGACGAAUCCUCGGAUAGUAUGCCGUCUACUUAG